CCCUAAAAUAUCAGGCAUGUGCGGCGAUGUGAAUCGCGUCUCAGGGGCGCUGUUCAUCGCGCUAGAAAUCGAUCGGCCGCGUCGCCAAUCUCAUCGCAUUCCUCUCGUCUUCUCGACCUAGGAAUGCCAUAGCGCGCAUUCUUUUUUCCCCAGCGCGGGGAGGUUUUGGUGCGAGGCGCGUCGGAUUUUUUCCAGUUUCGCCGCGGUCAGCUGCUGGAUCCGCGAUCCACCGGCAUAGUUCUUUGAUUCUUUUGGAGGGGAAGGCCUUUUCUUCUUUCUCUCUGCCCAAAUUCCGCUACUGCCGCUGCUGUCGACAUGACAAUCACGCCAGAUAUCACGCUGGCCGAUGGGAGCCUCGUGACUCAUGGGGGAGUCUUGCUGGCCAAUGUCCCGGACAACGUUACUCUCACUGUGGACUCUCAGAGUGGAGUUUUUCUCGGUGUCCAAGCUCUUGAGAAAAAUUGCCGGCAUGUCUUCACUCUUGGUGUUCUCGAGCAUCUUAGAUUCUUGUGCUGCUUUCGAUUUAAGUUAUGGUGGAUGACCCAGAGAACUGGGACUUGCGGCAGCGAUGUGCCGCUGGAAACUCAAUUCCUUCUCGUUGAGAGCAAGUCCAGUGAUGAAGCUAUCUACACGGUGUUUCUUCCGAUGGUGGAAGGUGCUUUCAGGUCCUCAUUGCAAGGCAGUGCCGAGAACGAGUUGGAGAUCUGCCUUGAAAGUGGGGAUCCGGCAGUGGUUUCGCUGCAGGGACUGCAUACGUUGUAUAUCCACUCUGGUUCAAAUCCAUUUCAAGUUUUAAGUGAUGCGAUGAGGGCCGUGAAAUCCCAUCUUCAAACUUUUUCUCUCCGGACUGAGAAGAAACUUCCAGGAAUGCUAGACUGGUUCGGCUGGUGUACGUGGGAUGCAUUCUACACUGAUGUCUCCGCGGCUGGUGUGAGGAACGGAUUGGAAAGCCUUUGUGCCGGCGGAACACCGCCUCGAUUCCUGAUUAUAGAUGAUGGAUGGCAGUCAGUGGCGCACGACGAUCCACCCGGAUCUGUGCAACAAGCUGAGACACAAGUCGUUACAAGUGGCGUGCAGUUUGCCAAAAGAUUGACAGAUAUCAAGGAAAAUCAUAAGUUUCAAAGAAAUGGAGAAAGCGGGCUUCACCACAUAGUUGCUGAGGCCAAAAGCGAAUACAAUCUCAAAUAUAUUUACGUGUGGCAUGCUGUGCUGGGCUACUGGGGAGGCUUGCAGCCUGGUCUAUACCAAGCAAAAUUGGCGUACCCAUCGAUUUCCCCUGGCCUGCUACAGCAUCAACCAGAUAUGGCACAUGACAGCCUUACCUUGCAUGGUUUGGGACUUGUGGAUCCAAACCAUGCUUUUUCUUUCUACAACGAGCUCCACAGCUAUCUUGCCAGUAGCGGCAUUGACGGGGUGAAGGUUGAUGUCCAGAGCAUUCUGGAAACGCUUGGCGAAGGACAUGGUGGCCGAGUACAGCUGACAAAGAAGUUUUACCAAGCUCUUGAAGCAUCGAUUGCUCGAAACUUUCCAGAUAAUGGCUGCAUCGCCUGCAUGAGCCAUAACACCGACGGUUUCUACAGUUCAAACAAGACCGCCGUUGUUCGUGCGUCAGAUGACUUUUGGCCAGCAGAUCCAGCAUCACAUACUAUUCAUAUUGCUUCUGUCGCGUACAACAGUCUCUUCCUUGGGGAAGUUAUGCAGCCAGACUGGGACAUGUUCCAGAGCUUACAUCCGGCAGCAGAGUAUCAUGCUGCUGCUCGAGCAGUCGGGGGCUGUGGCGUUUACGUCAGUGACAAGCCCGGGCAUCACGACUUCAAUUUGCUGAAGAAGCUAGUUUUACCAGAUGGCUCCGUUCUGCGAGCUCAACUCCCUGGACGGCCUACUCGUGACUGCCUCUUUUCAGAUCCCACACAAGAUGAGAAAAGCAUUUUGAAAAUAUGGAACGUGAACAAGCACACGGGAGUGAUAGGUGCUUUCAACUGUCAAGGUGCCGGAUGGUGCAAAGAAAACAAGACCUACAGGAUUCACGACGAUUCUCCAAUGACCGUCACGGGAAGCAUCCGUGCCUGUGAUGUUGAGUUCCUGGACACAGUCGUAGCAGCCGACUGGAACGGCGAUGCGGUUGUUUACAGUCACAGAGCUGGCGAAUUAGUUCUUCUCCCGAAAGGCACCGCAAUACCAGUGAGUUUAGAGCACUUGAAGUAUGAAAUCUUCACGAUUGUACCAGUCAAGUGUAUCUCGGAAGACUUGGUGUUUGCUCCAAUCGGACUUGUUAACAUGUUUAACUCCGGAGGGGCGAUCACGUCCCUGGAUUACGCGGUCGCGGAGACCACAAACGAUGGAGGUGGCAACGCAGUGACUGUGAAAAUCACAGUCCGUGGAUGUGGUGUGUUUGGAGCUUACUCCUCCAAGCGACCAAAAUCAGUGACAUUGGAAUCGUCUGGAAAUCUGGUUUUUUUCUAUGAUUCUAACACUGGAUUCGUCAAGAUCGACCUUGGAGAGAGAGGAGGUGAACUCUCUAUCGCAAUGUAACAGUGUUCUAGUUACCAUUUUUUUAAAAAUCGAAUAUUCUGGAGGAUCGUUUAGAAA